UUCGUCGAUUUCUUUUAAAAUAGGCUUCUGGUCACUCCAAUAAAUGUGAAAAACAGCAUGUAAUUUGAAAUAAUUUGAUUUACGUAAAUAAAAUAAUUUUACGUAAAUAAGUAUUCAAAAAGUUAAAUAAAAUGGCUAUUCGCUUACUUCAAUGUGGAACGUUACGUCAAUUGUGGUGUUUAAGCAAUUUGGCACGUACUUUUAGUGAUCAAUAUCAACUUUCAUUGCAAGUUAGUAUUAACAAUUUUACCAAAACCCACUGGUGUAGUGCGCGCUCUCUCCAUAUGAAAAUUUACGACAAAGACGCCGAUUUAGAAGAACAGCGACUCGUUAAUAAAGAACAAAAUGAUCCUAAGCAAUUCCGGAAGAGUUGUAUUGAUAAUUUAUCAAGCCAAGAGACAAUUAAAAGUCUACCAGACAAGCCUGACAGUUAUAACGAUGCCGACGUUUUUGGCACCAAUGCGUUGUCUGGGAAUAUUGAAGAUCCAGAUGAUUUAGCAGAAGAAGAAUAUACAAAGAAUCCACAGCGAAAACUCUUAAGGCCGAUUGAUUACUCACGUCUUAUAAAAUCCCAUCUCAAUGAGAAAAGGCUGAAAGAUGCUAUUGCGGUGCUUGAGGUUCAAAUGCUUAAACAAGAUCGUGCAAAGCCGGAUUCUUAUAUAUACAACUUACUAAUAAGCGGUUGUGCAAAAUCUGGUUAUACACGGAAAGCAUUUAAUCUGUUCACUAAAAUGCGUCAACGAGGAUUAAAUAUAAAAGGUGGCACGUAUACAUCGCUUUUCAAUGCCUGUGCAAAUGCACCCUCUACGGCCUACGGCCUUGAGCAGGCAAAUAGAUUGCGAGAAAUAAUGAUAGAAAAAGGCUAUGAACCAAAUGUAAAAAACUACAACGCCAUGAUUAAAGCCUAUGGUAGGUGUGGUGAUGUGAAGACCGCAUACAUGCUGGCUGAUGAAUUAAUGGAAAAACAACUGCCGCUAAACGUCGAUACGUUUAACUUCUUGUUGCAAGCCUGCGCAAGUGAUUUUGAAUUUGGAUUUCGACAUUGCCUUCUCACUUGGCACAAAAUGAUAAAGCACCGUUUAAAACCCGAUUAUUAUACUUUCAAUACCAUAUUGCGUUGUGUAAGAGAUUGUGGCUUUGGUGAUUUGAACACUAUGGAAAAAGUGUUGCAGGUAAUACUUACAGAGCGUAUGGAAAUGUUAACAGCCGACGAUAUUGUGGAUGAGCAAGUUCCAUUAUUAAAUAAAGGGCAGCUAUCAAACCUUUCCCACAUGGAAAAGAAGUCUCAAGCUAUAGAAAUUAAAAACAAUACAAUGGAAUUGGAAAUGCCGAAUUUGUUGGCACCACAGCCUCAUCUAGGCAGUCUUGUUUCUUUAGCAGAAGUUACUUGUCCUCAUGAACGUUUCUUGCUACUUGGCGGUCUUACGGGCUUCCUGAAUCUUAUGAAAGUAAAUCAAGUUACACCUGAUAUAGAAACUUUCACAACUUUGCUAGAGGUUAUACCACCAACAUAUGCAGCGGAAAAGCAAUUGUUAUCAUUUGUGCGAAAAAUAGGACUUAAAGCUGAUGUCGAUUUUUUCAAUAUUCUUAUAAAAAAACGUUCCAUGCGCUUCGACUAUGAAGGUGCUAAAGAAGUGAUGUCAAUGAUACGUACAGCCGGACUGCAGCCAGAUAUUGUUACCUAUGGUGUAUUAGCGUUAGGCUGCCAAACAGUAGAGGAAGCUAGGGAAUUGCUACAGCAGAUGCGAGAAAACGGAAUACGAAUGAACAUGCAAAUUUUGGGUGCAAUGCUACGUCAGGGAGCAGAACACAGGAAAUUUCCUUACAUCAUUGAAAUUUUACAAAUCAGCUUAGAGGAAAAUAUUAAGCCCAAUGAAAUUUUUCUUACACACCUGCAUAAAUUUUAUGAUCGUUGUGCGCGUUCAAUUGAUGCAAGACACCCUUCAACUAAAUCAAAGUCUUUUAAAUUUGGACACGCGAAAUUCUGUGAUAAGUUGCGUCUUUACUAUGAAGAACAAGGAAUCGGCGGUCUUAAGUUAGAGGAUGCAAUUAAAAAAAUUCGGGAACACCCCUACAAGUAUUUUAAGGAAGAAGAUAUUGAGGGCGUUGAAUCACUAAAAAAUAGCAACAUAUCUAAGAAACAAAAAGUUCGCAAGUACAUCAAAAAAAUUAAAAUUGAAAACUUACGCAGUGACAUUCGGGGUAGGGAAAACAAUGAAAGAAAACCAGAGAACAGAUUAGAGUAAUUCCCAGUCCCCUGAGCUUUAUAAUAUAAUUUAAUUAGCAUGUAAGCUUGAUUCUAAAUGUAAUGCGUUAAGUUGUGUAGCAGAAAGAAGGCAUAAAUAGUGUAAUACGUACUAUAAUAAAACUGGAGGACCGUCGUGUCUGUACAAUGAAAAAAAAAAA